AUGCACAAUAUUAGUAUCUCCUAUUGGUGUGUUGUGAUAUUGUUAUUCAUCUGUUUUGCACAACCUUUUUUACUGCAGAGGAGUUGUGUUGUUGUUGCAGAGGAGUAUCAAUUACAUUCCCUGACAGGACAUAAAGGAAAUGGACAAGAUUUUGACAGGACAUUCUCUGCUAAACAUGCCUUUCUGGCAGAACCGUGUGGAAUUUGUUUUGGACUAAAUGAUGAAAUUUACAUUUCAGAUUGUGUAAGAAACUAUAUUUUCAAGAUAUUUCCAAAUGAAAGUAUGAUUGUGUUUGGAGGGUUGGGCAGUACGGGAUUCAAUCAGGAUGGUUAUGAUGUAAAACAAACUCUUUUCGACUCUCCUUCAUCAUUGAGUGUGGCACCUAAUGGUGAUUUAUAUAUUGCUGAUACGAACAAUGAUAAGAUUCGUGUGGUUUCGGCGGAGACAAGAUUGGUUUCAUCAUUGCCAUUCACUUUCAAACAUCCAUUGGGAGUGUUUGCUUCCUCUAACAACAUGCUUUAUAUUGCAGAUACUGGAAACAAUAUGAUAAAGAAAUAUGAUAUUUCCCAAAAGGUAUUGACAACUAUUGCUGGAGGAACUGGUUAUUUGGAUGGAUCAUAUGAUAAUGUUGAUGGAAAUUCAAUCAUUCUUCACUCACCAAAGAAUAUUCAUGUUGUUUCGAGUGGUAAAGAUGACACUGUUUAUUUCACUGAUGAAGAAAGACUAAAAUUAAUUGAUAGCAAUGGAAAAUAUCGUGUGAUUGCCAUUCCUGAACUUAAAUCCAAUUUAUAUGGAAUAGCUGUAACAUCAGCGAAUGAAAUAUGGACAUCUUCAGAUAGACAACAUUUCAUUCAAAUGAAUUCCAUUGGAUCUUCACAACCUUCAACAAUUAUUGGUGAAAAAGAUUCUUUUGGAUACGAAGGUGAUAAUUUGAUUGAUUCCUUUUCGAGUGUGAGAUUUUAUGAACCUCGAUCUUUGAUAGUGAAAGAUUCAAUUAUUCUAGUUAUUGAUAGGUAUAAUAAUUGUGUGAGAAAGAUUGAUACACAGAAAAAGACAGUUUCAACAUUCUCUGGAGGAUUAAUUAAUCAUUCAUAUGGUGAAGACAUUCCCAGAUUUGAGGUGUCACCACUCAAUACAUUAUAUAGACCAUUCACAUACAAGAAUGAGUUGUACUUCAUAGAGCAAAAUUAUAUAAUUAGAAAGGUUUCGAACAAUGAUGGGCUUAUCAAGACAAUAUUUGGAUCGGGUAUUCAAUUGAGAACUGAAAAUUCACCAACAAGAGUCUUUAGGUAUAUCGCAAGUGUUUUCUGUUUUCCAAAUGGAGAUUUAGUAAUUACUAGUUCAAACGAAUUCUAUAUUCUCAAUUUAGAAACAUUUACAAUGCAGAAAAUUACUAAUGUUGGCCCCAAGACAAUUCUUUCAAUUUCAGCAAUAGUUGGCAUUGGGAAUUCUUUCAAGAAUAGCACUAUAUAUUUCUCCAAUGAAGGUACUAUUUACAAAUAUCAGAAUGAAAGUGUUCAAGACUCCAUGCCAACAGGUUUGGUGCCAUCUAACCUUGCAAUUUUGAACAAUGAUUUAUACUUUUCUACAUCAGGAUAUCUUGUAAAAGUUAAUUGGAACGAAACUACUACUUUGAUAGCCGUUCCAAGGGGUGUUAACAGGAUAUCACAAGAUUCCAAAACUGGAAAGAUUUAUCUUUCCAAUACAUACAGACUCUACGAAGCAAACGUAAGUAAUUUCAGAGUUGAAAAGGUUGCUGGUGUCGAUCCAUUUGAAUAUUCUGUUGGGAAUAGCAUUGAUUUUUUUGGAUAUAGUGGUGAGAAUGUGAAUGCUAACCAAUCGGUAAUCUCUGUUUCUUUUAUACAUGCUGACAAUGAUAAUGUUUAUCUCUCUACUGCUUCCUCAUACAUACGUGUGAUAUAUAAUGGAGUUGUGCGCACUGUUGUGGGAAGUAGUCCAUUUUCGAAAAAAACUGGAAGAACCCUAUAUUCAUUUUGUAGAGAUCCUAUUAAUGAAAUUAUUUACAUGUUGGACAAUAAUGUGUUGAAGAAGUAUGAUGAGAAAACAGGAGAAGUUACAUCUCUUCUGCCAGCUGUUGAAGUAAUUUCAUCAAAUUCGUUAGUUCAAACAAGUGCUUCUCCUUUUUUAGCAAUUAAACCAAAGACUGACACGAAAAUGAUAUUCUCAACAUUUGAUAACAUGAUAUAUUUCUCUGAUUAUUGUAGAAUAUUACAAAUUGACCCAAAAACAUUGAAAUAUCAAAAAGUGGCGGGAAGUAUGUGUGGAGAUGUAAUACCAGAUAUUCCAGCUAUACAAUCUCCUUUACCUACAAAUCCCCCAAAAGGCCUUUCAGUUAAUCCUGUAAAUGGUGAUCUCUACAUUAGUUAUGCUGAUUUUUUUGGAAAGCUUGAAAAGACUUCAGGUAUGAUUCGUGCAUUAUUUAGGAGUUUUCCAUUUAGUCCAAUAGAACCAAGUGAUGGUCAUGUUGGAAAUAGCACUUUUAUUGGGACGAUCUCAACUUCCUAUGCCAUUAGUGAUCAGACAAUUUACUUUAGCACAAAUACAAAAAUUAGAGUUUUGGAGCUAGCUCAAAAUGGUUCAUACUACCUCAGAACUAUUGUUGGAGAUGGGAAUGGCGGAUAUUCAGGUGAUAAUUUACCUGCAUUGAGUUCAUCUGUACAAAACCCAAAGGCAUUCCAUGUUAAAAAGAAUGGGGAUAUUGUAUUUGUGGAUGAAGGAAAUUACCUUAUUAGAAAAUUUGUAAAAGCAACAGGUCUAUUGAAGAAUAUAGCAGGAAAACCUCGUCAAAUGACAGGUUAUUAUUCAGGAGAGUUGAAAGGGCUAGAUACAAUCUUUAUUAAUUUGGGAUAUUCAUUUAGUUUCAAUGAGAAAACAGAAGAAACUAUUUUUUCUGAACACUCAGUUAUUGACACAUUCCUUAUUAGAAAGCUUUCUCCUAUCUGUGAAGGAGGAGCACGCUUCAAUUCAUUCAAUAAUACUUGUGACUGUUUGAGUGGAUUUUAUGGAGAGAAAUGUCAAGCAAUUACUUGCAAUGGAACAAUAUCAUCAGAUGCAACAAGUUGUAAUGGAAAGGGAACUUGUGUUGAAUUAGAUGUUUGUGAAUGUUUGAAUGGAUUUGAAGGGCAGUAUUGUGAAAAAUCUAUUGACAAGUUGGCAACCGAUCAGUCAACAAUUUUGAUUGUUUCCAUUGUCAUUCCUAUUCUUGGAAAAUCAAAGGAAAUUAAUGAAAUUGCAACUGCAAACAUUGUGGAAAUGUCAGAAUUUCCAAGUAGUUCAAUCAUUAUUUCAUCAUCACUUGGUUCUGACAUGUCAGAAAAGGAAGACAUACUUUCUAGGUAUAUUAAUAUGAUUAGAGUUGGGCAAGGCGCAUUUGGAAGUGUUUUCAAAGUGACAGAUACAAAGAGUGGAAAUAAGGUAAAAGCAAUCAAGAUUGUGAGAUUUGAAUCAUUCACCGAUUUGAACACAAUUAUGAAAGAAGCAUCUCAAUUGAGUAAUAUCAAUCAUCCAAAUAUAUUGCGAGUGAAUGAUUAUUUCAUCACUAAUGACAAUUUGCUUUGUAUAGAUAUGGAUUAUUAUGAGAAUGGUGACUUGACAAGGUUUACAAAGAAGGAAAUAUGUUCUGAAGAUAUUAUUCGCAAGAUUAUGAAACAAAUGUUAAGUGCAUUGAAUUAUGUCCACUCAGAAUUGUCAAUCAUUCAUAGAGAUAUCAAACCUUCAAAUAUUUUUAUUCGAAAACUUUCUGGAAAUGACAUUGAAGUUGUUUUAGCUGAUUUUGGAUUGGCUAAAAAGUAUCAAGAAAUGAAAGGUCAAUCCUAUGCUGGAACUCCACUUUUUAUGAGUCCUGAAAUUGCACUGGGCAGCUCAUAUUCAUUCAAUACUGAUAUUUUCUCACUGGGAGUUUCGAUUUAUCAAAUCAUGACAAAAGACGAAACCAUUCCUAUUGGAAAUUUAUUGAUGGGAAAUCAAUUAGCAAAUGCAGAAGCCAUUCUCACCCAACAAAUGAAACAGAAUACUAGUUACUCGAAUGAAUUGAUUGAAAUUGUUAUGAAAAUGUUGGAUAAGAAUCAAGAAACUCGAUCAAGUGCUGUUCAACUUCUUCAAAUGCCUUAUUUCAAACACUAA